AGCGAACGAGUAUUUACUGUUUGCUCAGUAAGAAGAGAGUCCCCCCGAAAUCGCUCAGAACCAGAGAAUCCGCAAGAUGGACCAAAUUCAACACAAAUUCGUCGACGUCGGAGGCCUCAAGCUUCACGUCGCGGAAAUCGGGACCGGUCCUAAAGUCGUCGUUUUCCUGCAUGGUUUCCCUGAGAUAUGGUACUCCUGGCGUCACCAGAUGAUUGCUCUUGCCGGUGCCGGCUUCAGAGCUAUUGCCCCCGAUUACAGAGGCUACGGCCUUUCUGACCCGCCGCCCGAACCCGAGAAAGCCGCCUUCUCUGACAUUGUCAGUGAUCUGCUUCGAAUGCUCGAUGCACUUGAUCUUUCUAAGGUUUUCCUUGUUGGAAAAGACUUUGGCGUUCGAGUGGGCUACUUAUUUGCCACUCUACACCCAGAAAGGGUCUUGGGUAUCAUAACAUUUGGAGCUCCAUACGUGCCUCCAGGCUCCUCUCAGCUCCACAAAUACUUUCCUGAAGGCUUGUACAUUUUAAGAUUUCAGGAACCUGGAAGAGCAGAGGCUGAUUUUGGACGUCUUGAUGCAAAGACUAUUGUAAGAAACAUUUACAUACUUUUCUCAAGAAGUGAGGUACCAAUAGCUGAGAAAAACCAGGAGAUUAUGGAUUUGGUGGAUCCAUCAACCCCUCUUCCCCCUUGGUUCACAGAAGAAGAUCUUGCAGCAUAUGGGACAUUGUAUGAGAAAUCUGGAUUCCAAACUGCAUUGAAGGUUCCAUACAGGUCUCUUGGUGAAGAAUUCAACUUGCCAGAUCCAAUAGUCAAAGUUCCAGCACUUCUAAUUGUUGGUGGCAAGGAUUAUUCUCUUAAAUUUCGAGGGGUGGAGGAUUCAAUAAAGAGUGGAAAGGGGAAAGAAUUUGUCCCCAAUCUGGAAAUAGCAUUUGUUCCUGAGGGAACUCAUUUUGUUCAGGAACAAUUCCCUGAACGAGUUAAUAAGCUUAUUCUUGACUUUUUUAGUGAGCACAUUUGAUUGUGAACUUCAAUUUGAAGACUUUGUCUCGAAUAAGUCCCCUAAUAAGUCCCUUGAUUCGGUCAAAUGUUAAUGGAAGAUUUGAACAUUAUGCAGCC